UGAGUCCAUGCAUUGUAACGCACAAAUAAAAAGGCAGUCUUGGAAACUUACUCAACAUUAUCAGCGACACAUUAUUUUUUCCACGAUGUCGUAGGUUGUGUUGAUGGGGACCGUGAGGUUCGCCUCGGGAAGUUUCAGGACAUCGUCCCCCCCACGGGAAAGUAGUCACGUCCAAUCCACUCAAGUACUCGGCUAAGAAGGCGGGACUGUGAGGUGAGUGGGCGGGGCAGGACUGUUCCAAGCGAGUGUGGCGGGGGAGCUCCGCUAGGGACACCUCCUUUCCGUCCACAUUUUUCUCUCUUUCUCCUCUUAUUUCUUUAAACAUGAGCUAAGAUGUGCACGUGUGGCUGUUGGGCCUGUGCAGCUGCGGAGCAGGGCGGGCAGAAUGGCUCGUCGUCACUCCCUGUAGUGGCGGCGUCCGUUCCGCGCGGAGUGGCGCGGUUUUGGGUGCAGGGAGAAGCGUUGCUGGCUGGAACUGGAGCGGGAGCAGGCGACCGAUGGCCCCGCAGGGAGGCGCCCCGCGGCUGGUGCUGCUGUUCAGCGGGAAAAGGAAAUCCGGGAAGGACUUUGUGACCCAGGAGCUUCAGAGCAGACUUGGAGCAGAUGUCUGUGCUAUCCUCCGGCUUUCUGGUCCACUCAAGGAGCAGUAUGCUCAGGAACAUGGCUUGAACUUCCAGAGACUCCUGGAUGCCAGCGCCUACAAGGAAGCCUAUCGCAGGGACAUGAUCCGCUGGGGAGAGGAGAGGCGCCAGGCUGACCCUGGCUACUUCUGCAGGAGAAUCGUGGAGGGUGUCUCCCAGCCUGUCUGGCUGGUGAGCGACACACGGAGGUUGUCGGACAUCCAGUGGUUUCGGGAAGCCUAUGGGGCUGUGACACAGACGGUCCGUGUGGUAGCUUUGGAACAGAGCCGACAGCAGAGGGGCUGGGUGUUCACGCCAGGGGUAGAUGAUGCGGAGUCAGAAUGUGGCCUGGACAACUUUGGGGGCUUUGACUGGGUCAUUGAGAACCAUGGAGACGCACAGUGCCUAGAGGAGCAGCUGGACGUCCUGACAGAGUUUAUCCGCUGCAGACUGUAGGUGCCGGCUGCCAGGAUGGUUGGGCUGAGGCUGGGCCCACACUUCCGGGGUGGGCCCUGAUCCUGGCCGGGUUGGGGAGCAGACGGAGGGCCUGUGCCUAGAUUCUGGGGGCCGGUGGAUGUCAAGCGGAUUAGGAAAUUUGAGGACCUUGUUUUCUCUGGGGGGAGGACAGCACUGCCUCUUCAGAGAGAGACUUAAAGGGGGAAGGAGGGUAGGAUGGCUGUGCUUGGAGCAGAAACGCCAUUGCCUCUGUGGACGUCAGGCCUUGCAGCCAGGUGGCCUCCCUUUCCCUCCAGGAUGUGCUCAACCUCUGCUUCUGUACAGGAGCACGGGCUCCUCAGUGUGGCUAAUAAACCUCCCUGGAGUAUGUGUUCAGA